CUUGGAUUAAGGGCUUGUCCUGGUUGGGUCACUCCUCCUUUCCUGGAGAUCAGAUCCGCCUCCUAUCAGCUCUCCCACAGACACCAGGGCUUUUCUCUCCUGGGUGCACGCUUCUCCACCCUCCACUCAUUAUGAAACAACAUCUCGCUUUGUUGAUGCGCUGUUACGAUUUUUAAACUUGAAAUCUCUUGCAUUUAAAUUACUGUCAGGCUGCGGUUGCUCUCCGGGACCUCCAGCAUGUUUAAGUUAUUCCAUGUUAUCGUGCUGUGCUGUGCGUUUUUCUCUCGGGGGUCUGCUGCACCAAAACCAUCCCUAAAUGCAGACUGGAGGUCUCAGCCUGACAACGGCGCAGAGCAGAACGAGGAGCUGCAGGAGGAGGUGGAAGGUCAGGAGAGCAUCAUCUCCAAGCUGCUUGGUGAUUAUGACAAAGUGAAAGCCCUCUCGGAAGGCUCUGACUGUCGCUGUAAAUGUGUUGUCAGACCCCUGAGCAGGAGCGCCUGCCGGAGGAUAGAAGAAGGGAGCGCAACCGCUCAGGACUUCUACGCCGUGGAAACCAUCACCUCCGGCCCGGAGUGCAAGUGCGCCUGCAUCGCUCCCCCAUCCGCGGUCAACCCCUGCGAGGGCGAGUUCAGGCUGAAGAGACUCAGGGAAGCUGAAAAGGAGCAUGUUGAGCUGUCCACCAUCCUUGAGCUGCUAGAGGGUUCCUUCUACGGAAUGGAUCUACUGAAGCUGCACUCCCUCACUAACAAGCUGCUGAAGCGUGUGGAUCGCAUAGAGAAGGUUUUGUCUCUGAAUCCCACCGUGGAGGAAGGGAAGACUCAGGAGAGUCCUUCCACCCAGACAGAAGUGACAGAAACUCCUCUUCCUCAUCAACAUCAGGACAAGAGGAGACGUGAGGAGGUUGGCAGGGCGGCAGCGUAUCAAAAUCCAGAGAAGUAUGAUGAGAAGGUUAUGAUGGAGAAUCCGCCCAUCCUGCAGACAGCUGGCUCUGGUCAGGUCACUGAGGUGAAACCCCAGGCGACCUCCACUAGCAUGAGGAACAAGGAGAAUACCCAGGGUUCGAAGGUUGGACCCAAUGGAAUGAUCAUCAGAGGGAUGACCUUUUACAAAUCGGAGACAGAUCCUAUGGUGGCAGAUGACGGAGAACCAGGAGAGAACUAUUUUGAAUACGACACCUUCAGCGGCGAUGGCCCAGUUAACCUCUUCAUCGAAGAGAAUCUUCUUCUGCACCGAGCUCCUCGACCCAGAACCAGAGUGGGACUGAGAUCCUAUCGACCAAAGAUAAAAGGUCUUGCUAAAAGUUACAAGAUCGCCCAAUCAACAAACCCAAAAGAAACCGAGCUGAUCUCAAAGACUCAAAAUGACAUAAUCAGUGAAACCGGAUCCAAGUCGGUAGAAGAAGACACGCAACGUGUCACGUUCACCACGAGGGAUGUCACACUUGGAUCAAACAAUACAGCAGACAUACUUAAGACCUCAAAUAUGUCACCUCAGACUACCCAAAGAGACACUCCAGGAAUCACCAAGGGGCUACUUCCUGCGACGGCUAAACCACGAGUUGUUUCUUCAAGUGUCGCUCCUAAAGAAACACCCCAGUCUCCUCAAGUUACCAAAGUAACACCAGAAUAUGGACCUUUUACCGAGAUGGAAACCUCUAGUCAUGAUCCAAAAGAUCAAACACAAACCAUAAGAGCCAGUACAGCAGCGAAUCCAAGCAGACUUAGACUAAACAUCACAGCGGACGCCUCAACAACCAGCCGUCCAUCCUCAGAUCCAACAUUCUUCACUUCCUCACAGACCGAUGCCACGACACCACAGGAGGAAAACAAUUCUUCCUACGUUUCAGGCUCAGCUUUCCCUCAUGACACUCAUCUUCCUGUUUCAAUAUCUACUUCCACUAAAGCCACAACCACCAGCAAACAAGCUGCUCAAGUCAGAAAGAAAUACAAGAUUAGUUGGGAAGAAGAAGCAGAGGAAGGAAACCAGAACGGACGGGAGCUGGUGCAAAGACAGGAAGAACCAACUUCACGGAAACCUGGGGAUUGUAAGGACACGUUGGCGAGUAUUUCUGAACCAGUCACCCAUAACACCUACGGCAGGAUGGAGGGAGCGUGGAUGAAAGAUCCAACGUCUGCUGAUGAUAAAAUUUACAUUACGGACUUCUACUAUGGGAACAAUCUCCUGGAGUUUAAAAAUCUGGAAGUUUUUAAGCAAGGCCGUUUCACCAACUCCUACAAGCUUCCUUACAACUGGAUCGGUACAGGCCACGUGGUCUAUGAUGGGGCCUUCUUCUACAACCGGGCCUUCUCCAGGGACAUCAUCAAGUUUGACCUGAGGCAGCGGCAUGUGGCCGCCUGGACAAUGCUGCACGACGCCCUCUUCGAGGAGUCGUCGUCACCAUGGGACUGGCGCAGCCACUCAGACAUCGACCUCGCCGUGGACGAGAGCGGCCUGUGGAUCAUCUACCCAGCGAUGGACGAUGAGGGCUUCUUGCAAGAAGUGGUCGUUCUGAGUCGACUGAAUCCGUCGGACCUCAGCAUGCAGAGGGAGACCACAUGGAGGACCGGGCUCAGACGGAACUAUUUUGGGAACUGCUUCAUCGUGUGCGGCGUCCUGUACGCUGUUGACAGCUACAAUCGAAGGGACGCCAAUCUGGAGUAUGCCUUUGACACACACACGAACACUCAAAUGAUUCCCAGAAUGCCUUUCAUCAACAACUACACCUACACCACCCAAAUUGAUUACAAUCCCAAGGAGGGUGUUCUGUAUGCGUGGGACAACGGGCACCAAGUCACGUACAACAUCAGGUUUGCUUAUGUAGACCCUUAGCGAAGGCGUGACGGGUCGUUUUAAGUGUUAGCGGUCUCAAUGGAUUGUGGAUCAGUCCAUGUGGUCUAAUCAGACGAGGCCAAAUGUACAAACGGUAUAAAUCCAUUAUAGAGUUUCAUUUGUAUGAAAAAAAAAACAAAAAAAAAAACAAAUCCAGAUUCCUCAGUCAAGUCAUUAAAGUGGAUUUUUUACAGACAUUUUGAAUUGUGUUUCCAUGAAAAAGAUGUAAAUUUUGCUAUUUCACUCAUAGGAAGUCAUUGAUGGUUGUCUACAAUUGUAUCACCAGAGGUAGCAAAACAUAAUCCUUACGGUGCGUGCAAGGGUCAACUUUGCCAGGAUUUUCUAGUAUUUCUGCAACAAAAAUGAUGUAAUGCAAAACUGAUGGCCAUGCAUGAGUAACUAAAACUACGUUUGCAUAAACUACUGUGAUAUUUAGAUUUACGAUGGCAGCAGUACGUUUAGGUCUUGUGUUCAUAGCCGCUCUGAAGGAAGUAAAAGCUAUUUCUCAGAACAGAGGCCACUCAUGAUCUCACUUAUCUUGUAUUUUGGUUCUGUUUUUCUCUCCCUUUCUGCAGAUUCCUUCUACCUGUUGUAUUUUUUGGGUAACUCCCUCCCCACCUCUCUUCCUUUCUUCUUCAUUUCAUUUCCAUCUCUGUGUCCAUCGGGAUUCAAAUUCAAUCUAAAUAUCAGGUAGAUCAUUGCAGUGAAAGCUGUAAAGUUCCACUUGUGAGAGUAAAUCUGUGCUUUUGGAAAACAAGACACAUGGACAAUGAGAGGAUCAUACCAAUCUACAAUGGACCGGAUUGUAAUUAUAACUUUUACUCAGAAAAAUAAUUCAAAAUGGCCCAAAAAUCCCUUCAAGUUUUCCUGUAUGCAAGCUUUGACUGUUCAUUUUGUAUAUUGCUGGGUCAGACCACAUAGAAAAUAUCUACACAGGUCUGUGACUUGUUUAGACAUAUAAAGUUUAGGGAACUUUUUAAAUUGGUUCCUUCAUUCGAGGAACAAAAUAACUGUCAUGUUUUGUACAUUUAUUUUUUCUCUGGUUCAUAACAUGUUAAGAGGCUAGCGAGGUCUAUGCUUUCAUAAAUCCUCUUCUCUCACCAUAAUCAGGAUUUUACUCAAAUAAAGCCGGGAAAUGCUAACGAAA